AUGCGAAGAACAGUCGACCAGUGUCCUGCCGACAUUGUCUUAGCACCAUCAGGGUGCCCCUUGACUAAUCUCGAGUACGCCGACGAUGUUGUUAUAUUCGCUGAAAGCAGUACGACCCUUCAACAUGUUGUCAACCUUGUAUCGAAGCAGGGAGUUUGUCGGGUUCAAGCUGGAAAAGGCCAUCUGGCCGAAAACGGAAGUUGUGGACUGAAGAGAAUACGGAAUAGCGACGAAUGGAUUGAUUCUGUGCGAGCUCUCACAGAAAAUCAAGAAGGUUGGGCAGAGCUAUAUCGAGGCCGGCACAUCUUGGCGAAGAUGCGGGCAAUCGCGUCAGGCAACGAGAUUAGCCCGCCAAUUAAGUCGCUAAUUCCACAACAAUCCACAAUCAGCGAGCCAUUCGUCAGAUUCCUUCUUGACUUCAAUGAAGGCUCCAGCCCUGUCAGAGUCAAACCACGAAGAGUCAGAAGAGUCAGCAAGCAUCAGAUCGAUGACGAUGUUGGGAUCCAGCCAAAGCAAAUAUGGUAA